CGCGGCCCGCGCCGCCCGCACCGUUCCGGGCGCGCCACCCCCGCCCGCCGGCGCCGCUAGCACAUGCCCGAGCCGCAGCCCUGCGAGCAGGCAGCGCUGGCCCCCCGCCCCGCGGCUCCGGGCCCUGGCUCUGGCGCGGUCCCUCCUCCCGGGCCGGGCGCCGCGGCCCCGGCAUGAGGAGCGGGCGAUGAUCCCCGCCAACGCCUCCGCCAGGAAGGGGCCCGAGGGCAAGUACCCGCUGCACUACCUCGUGUGGCACAACCGCCACCGCGAGCUGGAGAAGGAGGUCCGCGCCGGCCAGGUGGACAUCGAGCAGCUGGAUCCCCGCGGGCGGACUCCCCUGCACUUGGCCACCACCCUGGGGCACCUCGAGUGUGCCCGCGUGCUCCUGGCACACGGCGCAGAUGUGGGCAGGGAGAAUCGCAGCGGCUGGACAGUGCUUCAGGAAGCUGUGAGUACCCGGGACCUGGAGCUGGUGCAGCUGGUGCUGCGGUACCGGGACUACCAGCGGGUGGUGAAGCGGCUGGCAGGCAUCCCUGUGCUCCUGGAGAAGCUGCGCAAGGCCCAGGACUUCUAUGUGGAGAUGAAAUGGGAGUUCACUAGCUGGGUGCCCCUGGUGUCCAAGAUCUGCCCCAGUGACACCUACAAAGUGUGGAAGAGUGGGCAGAACCUUCGGGUAGACACCACACUUCUGGGCUUUGACCACAUGACGUGGCAGCGAGGGAACCGCAGCUUUGUCUUCAGGGGCCAAGACACGAGCGCCGUGGUCAUGGAGAUUGACCACGACCGCCGAGUGGUGUACACAGAGACCCUGGCUCUGGCCGGGCAGGACCGUGAGCUACUGCUGGCUGCUGCUCAGCCCACCGAGGAGCAGGUGCUGAGCCGGCUCACCGCACCCGUUGUCACCACGCAGCUCGACACCAAGAACAUCUCCUUUGAGAGGAACAAGACCGGCAUCCUGGGCUGGCGCAGCGAGAAGACCGAGAUGGUGAAUGGGUAUGAAGCCAAGGUAUAUGGGGCAUCCAAUGUGGAGCUCAUCACCCGGACACGGACAGAGCAUCUUUCAGAACAGCACAAGGGCAAGGUCAAAGGCUGUAAGACACCUCUGCAGUCCUUCCUGGGAAUUGCUGAGCAGCAUGGGGGCCCCCAAAAUGGGACCCUGAUUACUCAGACUCUGAGCCAAGCCAACCCCACUGCCAUCACCGCAGAAGAGUACUUCAAUCCCAACUUUGAGCUUGGCAACCGUGACAUGGGCCGACCCAUGGAACUGACCACCAAGACACAGAAGUUCAAGGCCAAGCUGUGGCUGUGUGAGGAGCAUCCCCUGUCCCUGUGUGAGCAGGUGGCCCCCAUCAUUGACCUCAUGGCUGUCAGCAAUGCACUUUUCGCCAAGCUCCGGGAUUUCAUUACCCUGCGCCUGCCUCCGGGAUUCCCUGUCAAGAUUGAAAUCCCGAUUUUCCACAUCCUCAAUGCCCGCAUCACCUUCGGGAACCUCAAUGGCUGCGAUGAGCCGGUGCCGUUGGUGCGAGGCAGCCCCAGCAGCGAGACCCCUUCCCCAGGCAGUGACUCCUCCAGUGUCAGCAGCUCCAGUUCCACGACCUCGUGCCGCGGCUGCGAGAUCUCCCCCACGUUGUUCGAGGCCCCACGCGGCUACAGCGUGCUGGGUGGCCAGCGAGAGGCCACCACCCGCGACGACGAUGACGACCUGCUGCAGUUCGCCAUCCAGCAGAGCCUGCUUGAGGCGGGCAGUGAGUAUGACCAGGUCACCAUCUGGGAGGCGCUAACCAACAGCAAACCGGGCACUCACCCCAUGUCCUACGAGGGUCGCCGACAGGACAGGAGCGCUCCGCCCACGCCGCAGCGCCAGUCCACAACCCCCGCGGGCCUGGCGUCGGUCCCCAGCCCUCGGCCCAGCCCGCGCCCAGGCCAAGGCGGCCACGUGUUCCGGAGCUACGAUGAGCAGCUGCGGCUGGCCAUGGAGCUGUCUGCGCAGGAGCAGGAGGAGCGGCGGCGGCGCGCACGCCAGGAGGAGGAGGAGCUGGAGCGCAUCCUGCGGCUCUCUCUGACUGAACAGUAGCGCCCUCUGCCGGGCCCCUUGGCCACGCCCCGCGGGACCCGCCCCGGAGCGAGAGUCGCCCCUCCUGCGCGCUCUCCUAGCUGAGUCUGGAGACCCGAA